AGUUGACCGCGAAAAAGCGCAAGCAUGGUGCUCCCAGUGCUCAUUGCAGGCGGCGCCGUUGGCGGCAGCUGCGCCGCGUACGCUACCUACCACACGGGCGAGUUUGUCGCGACGACGGUCGUUGGCGCCAAAGCUUCGCCGCCGAUGACGGGCCUCGGCGUGCUCGGGGGCGCCGUCGCGUCCAUCGCGACCUACAACGCGACGGCCCGCGCCCUCGCAUCGAAUGCCACGUAUGCGAAGUGGACGACGUUCUCUGCGCCCGCCAACGUCAACGACUGGAACUUCAAGGACUUUGCCCGGACGUCGGGGCCGUAUGCUGCGUCUCGGUUUGGCCUUGUGCUCGCGUCGGUCGCCGCGUUUGGCUUUACCCGCGUCGUUAUCGAUGCCGCCCGCGACGCCACCAAGUAGCUCCGUCGUACUCGUUCUGAAUCGACAAUGUAUAUUUGUACAAAGGUCCGCGGACGCAAUAGAUAGAUAAAUACCUAGGACGUUUCUUCGCGUGAAUCAGACCAAGCAAGUGGCUGUAAGCUCAAGGCAGGAAGAUUGUGC